AUGGUCCAGCAACCUCCUUGGAUGCAGCAAGAUGCUCCUGAUUUUGGCAUGAUGGGCGCUGAUGUCUUCCCAGCUGGAUUACUGGGAGACCCAGCUCUAAGUAUGGUUGGAGUUGGCAACAAGUCCCUAUGGGGUGCACCAUCAGCACCUAAUGCACAGGCACACCUUGCACCUCUGCCUUUGCAGACCACUUUCAAUUUUCCCUGUUCAUCCGACCCUGCCGGUCAACCCUCUUCCAGUCUCACGCAGGAAUGUUCCAGGCAGAGCUCAGCACCCACUCUAUGUCCCGUAUCGUCAUUGCCACCUCAAGAUCAUGUACCACCCCCGCUGCCAGCCAUGAACAUCAUUCCACCCACCCCACUCAAGGAAGAUGGCGGUAAUCCCAAUCCCGUUCCAGGGAGUGCCACUAAUGCUCCUCCUACUUCAACAAGAGAACAAAUGGCCAUUAUUGCUUCUCAGAAACCUGUCAUCGAAGGCGAAGCACCUCCCCCCAACUGGCCACAUCCUGGUGCCCAACGAAUGUUUAUUAACGGUAACACCGAUCAUUUUGGUCUUUCUCCCAUCAAGUUCAGCGCUGCAACCACGAAAGUCAAGAGGGGCCCCAUCAAAGCUCCUAAGGCUCCAUCACCACUCACCGAGUCUGACUCGGAUGAUGACGAGGCAGCUGAAACUUCAGUCCUUAAGCCCCUACCUCAAGUGAUGGCCCAAAAACUCAACUCCAACACGCAUCAUGAAGUUGUUUCUCCACCAGCAUGCACUUCCAGGGUCGUUGCCAGGCCAGUUGCAACUCUGAGCGACGUGAUUGAACUCACAUCCACCGAAGAGAACCUCCUGGAAGAGCAUAGCACAGAGUAUGAAGAAGCUGGACGUGGAAAGAAGAGGAAGAUUAAGUCUGCCAACACAUCACAUGUGUCAAAGAAGACUGCUGCGCCCACAGAGAAGACUAACACUUCAAAAGCAGGGAAGAAAGGGCUACAGGGUAAGAACGUAGAAUCCAAGCCCAAGGUGCCGUCUAUGACCCCACCCACGAAGGGUGGACCACUGUCCCCAUUGAUGGUGGAAUCAUCUAGUGACGGUCUCCCAUCACCAGAACAUGAUGGGCCUUCUGAGGAACCCAGGAAGGAACAUGUUAAACCACGUCUGGUCACCAAGGGUUUUUGGGUUGCGAUGAAUCGCAGCCUUUGCACAGUGUAUGGGAACUUGGACUCUGAAUCUGAGGUCGACAACAGCAAGAAGACAGACCCUACUACUAGAACAGGUACCAUCGCUGAGGGUUCUGGUACUAUUGCCAACGUCCAGCCCAAUACCUCAAAGGAAAACUCUACCCAGAUGUCAGAGUGGGAAGCAUUACCCCAAACCACCCCGUUGGAUGCAGUGGCCCCUACUAUUCCCCACCAGCAGCCUGUUAGCGAUGUCCCUCGUACCCACCAAACCUCUCAUGGCAACGAUAUCCCUCAUGACGACCCUCUGCACCCUCACGAGCCUCUUCAUGAUGACAACACUCGUGACACCAUUGGCAAUGACCCUCCAAACCACCCUCUUCAUGACUCUCAAGGUGGUCGCGAGCCUCUGGUUCAUGACCACCCUCCGAACCACUCUCUCCGUGACCCUCGAGGUGGUCAUGAGCCUCCACACGAGCCUCUUGACCGCCCUCCAAGCCAUCCUUACCGUGACCCUCGAGGUGGUCAUGAGCUUCCACACGACCCUCUCCAUUAUGAUAACACUCGAGGCAUGGCUCGCAAUCAUCGUGACACUGCCCACCAUGACCCUCGUGAUCAUAGGGAUCCUGCUCAGCAUGACCCUCGUUAUCAUGGCAAUCCUCGUGAAGCUCUACGCCCGCAUGACCCUCAUUACACUCAUGGCUACUCUCAUGAAGCUGCGCGUAUCAUCGACCGUGACACUCUUCACCCCCACAAUGCAUUCUACCCCCGUGAUUUUCGUCCCCGCUAUGGUCCUCAAGUUCAUCAUGGAACUGCUGGCACUCGUACAGAAAGUGAGAUGAGUGCUCAUCGUGACAGCUCACCUGUACCGGAGUUUCAUGGCUAUGGUCCAGGUGAGCGUGAACACACCUAUGCAAGCCGAUACAGUCCUGUUGAAGGAGGAUACCCUCGACGAGAUGACCUUGAAGAGCGUGAGGAUUCACUAUCCCCCUAUCAUAGUCAUCCAGUUGGUGGGGGCAAUUAUCGUGAGGGUCCUAACAGGAUGUUCCCAUGGGUGGACAAUGAUCCUCACUUUGACUAUGACCGUGAUGCUGUUGCACGAGCAUAUAAUCAUGAUUUCACUAACCCCCCGAGGCCUCCUGCAAGUUAG